AUGGGCGUUGCUGCUGUGCUAUUGACCUCUCUUGCAGUUCUGAGCAAUGUCUCAGCGAGGACCCCUGCAGCCUCGCGCUUCCUCGAAAAGAGGCAAAGCGGAGGGGGAGGAGAUCUAAGUGAUCUAUACUCGACGCAAAACUUCACCAUGCCACUCGAUCAUUUCCACAAUGAAUCCCGCUACGCACCUCACACGAACGACACGUUCCAGCAACAAUAUUGGGUAGAUACGAGCAACUACGUCGACGGAGGACCUGUCAUCAUUCAUGCAAUGGGAGAGGAUCCGUCCUCAUACGACCUUCAAUGGCUUCAAAGCGGCCUCCCACAUCAGAUCGCAAAUGCCACAGGGGGUGUAGCAGUCCUCUGGGGUCAACGAUACUACCAAAAUAUCCCCAUCGUCCCAGCCGGAGAGCCAUACACCACAGAAAAUCUUCGAUUUCACAGUACCCAACAGGCCAUGGCCGAUCUCGCGUACUUUUCCCAACGGGUCCAGUUUCCGGGUCUCGAGCACAAGAACCUCACGGCCCCAAGCACUCCCUGGAUCAUCAUCGGAGGUUCCUACGCAGGGGUCAUCUCGGCCUUCACUCGAAUCCAAUACCCCGAUCUCUUCUGGGGAGGCAUUUCCUCCUCCGGGGUGACCACGGCUGUUAUCGACAAUUGGCAGAUGACCGACGUGGUUCGUCGUUACGGCCCCGACAAGUGCAUCAGUACGAUGCAACAACUGAUGGCUUUGAUGGACAAUGUUUUUGAGAGUGGCAACAAGACGGCCAUGGACGACCUCAUGACCGGGUUCAACGUGUCCACCUCGUCAAGUUAUCCUGACCUCCAAGUGCUCUUGACUGGUACAGUUGCCGCGUGGGAACAAGUUUGGAACCAACAAACCACCAAAUUUGACGGUCCAACGUCAUACUGCUCCGCCAUCCUGAACAAAACCUACGCCACCGACGCCCCUGCAUCCCUUCAAGCCACGACCCGAGCCUUGUUACCCUUUGCCAACCACAGUGCGACCCCUGACCGGGAAGCGUUGUAUUCGCCUUUGCUCAACGCCUUUAUCUACGUCAGCAAGACGAACACCUUCUGUGCGGGGAAGGUCGUCCAGCAGUGUUUGUUACUUGACGAACCCAGUCCCUUUGAUUUUUUGAGCUGUACCGAAUCGGGAGGGUUUGCCACCGGUUACACCCCCGGAACCAAGGGUCACCCUUCAGCGUUACCCCUGGCCUCUCGCAGCUUGACCCCCGAAUAUUACUUGGACGCCUGUCACAAGAGGUACAACAUCACGUACGACCCUCGGAUCGAAUGGUACCAGCAGUACGGAGGGGUCAACAUGUCCUACCCGCGCCUCGCACUUUCCACAGGCCAGUACGAUUUUUACCGUCCCAUAGGUCCACUGGCGGAGUACGUCCCCGGCGACGGACAUCCUCCGUACGUGCCAAACAACCGGAUCAAGAGUAACGGUACGGACUCUGAACCUCAAAUCGUCAUCGCUGGUGGUUAUCACGAGUGGGAUUUUCCAGGGUUUUUGGCAAACGAGACCGACCACCCGGCCGUCCCGUCGGCGGUCCAGAAUGCCAAAAACCGAGAAAUCAAGGCUGUCAAAUUAUGGUUGGAAGAAUUCAACAAGACUCACGCUCAUUCUUAG